AUGGCACUGAGAGCCCGACAGGAGCAGCAGCUCCAUCUGGCCAUUGCCCUGUACUUAGAGUCAAAGUUCCCGGAGACGCACAAAGCAUUCGAAAGAGAGGCCCAUAUUGAUUUUUCAGCUGCCACCUCCAGUACCAGGGGGGAGGAGAAGUUCGACAGCGAAACUUUACCCAAGCGGUGGGCUGCAACGGCUCGCCUACAGGCCCGCGUGACAGUGCUGCAGCAUCAGCUACAACAGCAAGGGCAGCAGCUGAAUCUGUUCACAACUGCAGCGGCAGGGUCGGGAAGCAAGGAGGCUGCCGGGCUUCCAAGUCCUAAGCCGUCCAGUGUUAUAUCUGCACAAAGACAGCCUCUUAUUUGCUGCGCAUUUCACCCGCUUCUGCCGCAGCUUUUGGCUGGGGCAGACGACGGCAACGUUCGUGUCAUCGUCAUAGAGGGGAGCAGCACUGCUGCGGCUUCGCGCACAUUCAAGGCCCACAAUGCCUCGGUCACAGGGUUGGCUUUCGACUCUUCGGGUCGCUGGUUGGCCACCUGUUCUACCGAUAUGACGAUUCGGCUAUUCGACGUGCAGACGUCGUAUACACUGAAGCAGACCUUGCGCGGCCAUAACGAUUCUGUCUCAGCAGUUGCCUUUCUUUGCCUUAGCCAAAGCAGCAAAAUCCCCGUUGGUUCGCGUCCAUUGCAUCUUCGCAACGGAGGCAGUUUGGCAAGGGAGGCUGAAGGAGCUGCUGCCGCUGUGUCCGCUGACGCUAGUCCCUGCAUAGUGUCCUGUUCUCGCGACGGCAGCGUGAAGUUGUGGGACGCGGAGUCAGGGCUCUGUCUGAAAACAUUUACAGCCACAGACGCCUCUGGGGGAUGGGGAGCAGCAGGAUCAGGGGGAGGCUCGUGGGUGCGCUGUUUGUGCGUCCCCGAGGCGAAGCUGAAGCCUGCUCCUUUCUUUGCAUCUGGUGGGAACGACCAAAGGGUUGUAAUUUGGAGGCCGGACUUCUCUUCAGCUGUGCGCGAACUGGUGGGCCAUGAACAUGUCGUUGAAUCGGUCAUAUUCGCUACAGAGGCGAUGCUGCGUUACAUGCACCGGCACAGGAAAGCUCCUCCUCCUCUGCCUGCUUCAAUGCUGGACAUGAAAGCCAUGGCCGACGCCGAACGCGAGGGGAAUGACACUCACGUCCUGCGGCUGGCCGGUUUGGUUUUAAUUUCGUCCAGCCGCGACAAAACAAUAAAAAUUUGGGAUGUGAUUGGAGGCAGCUGCAUGCAAACCCUCAUUGGCCACGAUAAUUGGGUGCGACAUGUUGUUGUACAUCCGACAGGAGAGCACAUUAUCUCGUGCAGCGACGACCGAAGCAUACGCACUUGGAACAUUUUAACAGGCGAUUGCGAGCGGACGAUUGAGAAUGCCCAUUCACAGUUCGUGACGAGUUUGGCUUACGACUUGAAGACCGAUGUCUUGGCUAGCGUUUCGUUAGAUGCAACAGCCAAGCUCUGGCCUUGCCGAGACUCGUGCGGCAAGGAAGCUACUAAAGAAGAUGCCAACGCAUUGCCGGAGCUGAAGGCCCGGACUUGA